CCUUUAAAAUGUGUGAGGCUUUUUCUUUUUUCUCUUGUUCCAAAAAAAACCAAGCUAAUCCCUUUUCAUUCGGAACAUCAAAUCUGACUCCAUUCUUAUUCAGCCCCCCCAAAAUCCCCUUUUACUAAAUCCCUUUUAAUUCCUCCGGUUUACAGAUUCAUCAAACAUGGAAUUGUUAAAGAUGAAUCACCCUACAACUCAUUCAUUGAUUCAAUUUAACAAACCCAAUUCCGUUUCUGAUUUGAAAUUGAACACUUGUCUCUCCGUUUCUAAGCAGAAUAAGAGAAGGGCGUUUCCUCAUCGUGUUUCGUCUUCUCUGUCUUUAUCAAAUUCAUGCGGCGGAGUUGUGAAAGAGGAUCAGAAAACGGAAGGUGUAUUAUCGGGGAAGAUUGGUGAAUGGAUGAAUGAAUCGGUGGUGGAUAUUGUGAAGAACUUGAAACAAGCGCCGUUGUUGGUUGAGAUUUACAGCGAGGAUGGAAAAGGGGGAGUGAGAAUCAAGACGGAGAGAGCGGUGGAGGAAGACUGGCCGAUUAAGAAAAGUGAAUGGGAGAAGAGAUCACCAGAUGGGCUUAUCUUCGUUGGAGAACUUGGAGGUGAGGAUGAGAAACUUGUAGAGGAAGAAGGAGAAGGGAUAACAAAGGCAUGGGGAGUAGUUGUACAAGGGAAAGGAAUGGAAUGUUCACCAGCUUGUUAUUUGUUGAAAACCAGUAGAGUUGGUGCUGGAAUUGGGAUGGGAUUGUUUUGCACCCAUUUUUGUUUAGCUAAAGUACAGAAUUUUAGGGACACUGCUCUCAUGCAGUUUCAAAAUUCUUGGUUGUUGCAAUGACUAUUCAUCAAAUCAUUAAUUCACCAAAUGUAUAAACAACAUUUUACUCAUAAAGCAUACUACUAAUACAAUGAAUUGUUUAUAUCA